GUUAUGAAUACCAUAUCUCAACAUCUUUUAGUUUCUUCCCAGAAAUUAAUCAAACUGCAAUGGUUCAGAGGCGCUUUAAGCUCUGUUUUUAUAAGGUUGUUAUUUUAUUUGAAUUUGAACUAUUUUCAGGAAACCGUGCAGAAUGUCGUUGCUUCAAAGUCACUUCCUGAUGACACUUGGACUCAUUUGUCUUGUCCGCUGCGAGAAUUUGGUGAUGAUGCCCUUUGACCAUGUCAGUCAUGUGAAUUUCUUUGUGGUGACAGCCCAUACCUUGGUGAAGGAGGGACACUCUGUCACUUUUGUUAUUGCUCCUCGUCAUAAGAAAACACUCGAUAAACAUGGAUUAAACUAUAUCACAUAUGACAGUGUGAAUGCUGACAAGAGUGAUGACUCAAGGAAAGCUAUCGAGAAUGAUGUGUUCGAAGAAAAUAAAGAACCAGUGUCUCUAAUGACAACACUGAGUACUAUAAAAAACCUUGUUGACAAUCAGAAAGUAGAUGUACUUGGUGACAAUGGGCUUAAACAGCAGAUGGAUGCUACUGAAUUCAAUUUAGCAAUUAUAGAUGGUACUUUGUUCUGUAGGUAUUUGUAUGUGUUAGCAUACCGACAUUCAAUCCCAUAUAUAACACUAACAGCCUCAGAUGAUCCACUUGCUUCAGGAGUUACUGGACUGCCUUCAGUUCAACCAUUGCCAGCUUUCUGGUUUACUGAUAACAUGUCUAUUACACAGAGAUUGAUUAACACGUUUGCCCAAUUUAUGACACUCUAUGUGCUUCCUGCUGUCCUGUAUCCUAAUAGUAUUAUCGCAGAAUAUGCCCCCAAUAAGCCUGCUGUCAGCAUGGAUUUUCUCUACAAACAGUCUGAGUUGGUACUUGUCAAUCUUCAAGAUGUUUGUCUGGAUUAUCCACGAGUUACUGCCCCACAUUAUCAGAUGGUAGGAGGCAUGGGAGCACACCAUCCACAUCCUCUCCCAGAGAAUAUUGAAAGCUUCAUCCAGGGGGCUAAAGAUGGGAUUGUUGUAAUGACAUUUGGAAGCAUUUUCUCAAAAAUGCCUGAUCGUGUUUUGAAGAAAUUUUUUGAUGCGUUUAAAGUUUUCCCUAAAUUGAGAUUUAUUAUGAGAAACAGUGAAACUACCUUGAAGGUGCCUGACAAUGUGCUUCCUUUGAAUUGGCUACCCCAGAAUGAUAUUCUUGGACAUCCCAGGACCAUUUUGUUUAUCACACAUGGUGGCAACAAUUGUCAACUAGAGGCUGUCUACCAUGGUGUACCUACUCUUACAUUCCCUCUGUUUGGAGACCAGUUCAGCAAUGCUGUUAGGAUGCGAGUUAAAGGCUUUGGGUUAGACCUCCAAAUGAAGACUUUUACUACAGAAAGCCUUAUACAAAAUUUGAUUGAACUCACAACUAAUGACACGUUCAGGAGCAAGAUCAAGCGCUGCUCUGCUAUUGUAAAAGAGCAAACGCCUGCCCAGGAGAAAGUUGCACGCUGGGUGAGGCAUGUAUUGAAGUAUGGUUCUGACCAUCUCAAGUCUCAUUCCAUUGACAUGCCUUUAUACCAGCUACUUCUUCUGGAUGUUAUGUGCAUUGUCAUGCUGGGAUUGGGCAUUGUGUCACUGUUACUAACUUGUUGCUGUAGGAUGGUUAUAUUUAAGUGUUGCUGUAGAGGUAGACAAAAAAUUAAGUCCGAGUAACUUUUCAUAUUGGCUUAUAAUACCUUACUGAUAUUAUAGAUAUUUCAUUCAGUCCAGACUAAGGUUUGAAGACAAUCAGUUCCAAGUUACAUCAGGGAUCACAUUAUUCAUUAAUAUCAUGGACAUGAAAAAAAUAGAAAGGGAACUUCGAGGGUACCUCCUCAUUUUUUAGGCAAUUUCUUCCUAAAUUGUAAAGUAAUAAAAUUCUUUAACAAUAUAUUGUGAAUUUUUCCUUGAUUCAAGUUAGAGCAAUAUGGUUAAUUCAAUUUCAAGUGUAAGUAAUGAAAUAAUUUUUUUUUAUUUAUUUUAUUUAUUUGCUACAUGUUAAAAGUGAAAGUGAAAAUAAAUAAAUAAGUUAAGUAAGAGUUUCCUUUCAUUUUUGGUUGUCCAUAAUAUAAGAUAUGUUUAGAAAAGAACAUUAAUGCACAGAUGCAUUUUUAUGGAUAACUAAUACAGAUGUAUACUAGAAUAUAAUUUUAUUAAUUAGAUUAAUUAGUUUAGUGAAUCCUUCUUCACCCUUAUAUGAUCAAUGAGAAUUUAUAAUUUUUAUGAAUGGAUAUUUUAUUCUGUUUACUAUCAACAUCAUCACCAUCGAUAGUCAUGCAUGGAUUUAGGUAAUUAAUCUGUUUACAUUAGACAAAAACGAUUGCCAAAUUAAACAUCAUCAUUUGUAACCUACAAAAGCUUAUCCAAUAAAUAUUUACAGUCAUUGAAAAAAUGUACCGUGUUGUCUU